CGCAGUUUGACCCCGGAAGUGCUGGGUGUGUGGAAGCUGUCGGCGUGUGUUGCGGCUGAACAUCUCUGGUGUGGAACCGGGGAGGAGGGUCACACAGCACAAUGCCAGCUCUGCCCCUGGACCAACUCCAGAUCACCCACAAAGACCCGAAGACAGGAAAGCUGAGGACUUCAGCAGCGCUGCACCCUGAACAGAAGGCAGACCGGUAUUUUGUGUUGUACAAACCACCCCCUAAAGACAACAUCCCCGCCCUAGUGGAGGAGUACCUGGAACGCGCCAACUUCGUAGCUAAUGACCUCGACUGGCUCCUGGCUUUGCCUCAUGAUAAAUUCUGGUGCCAGGUUAUUUUUGAUGAGACCUUGCAGAAGUGCCUGGACUCCUACCUGCACUAUGUACCCCGAAAGUUUGAUGAGUGGGUGGCCCCGACCCCUGAGGUUGCUGACAUGCAGAAGCACCUGCACCGAAGUGUCUUCCUCACCUUCCUUCGAAUGUCCACGCACAAGGAAUCCAAAGACCACUUCAUUUCUCCAUCUGCAUUUGGAGAAAUCCUGUACAACAACUUCCUCUUUGACAUCCCGAAGAUCCUGGACCUCUGUGUGCUCUUUGGAAAAGGCAACUCACCACUGCUCCAGAAAAUGAUAGGAAAUAUAUUUACCCAGCAGCCGAGUUACUAUAAUGACCUGGACGAAACCAUCCCCACCGUCCUUCAGGUCUUCAGCAAUAUCCUCCAGCACUGUGGUUUGCAAGGGGAUGGGACCAGCACCACACCCCAGAAACUCGGGGAGAGGGGUCGAUUGACCCCCAGUGACAUGCCUCUCUUGGAAUUAAAGGACAUUGUUCUCUACCUGUGUGACACCUCCACCACACUCUGGGCCUUUUUGGACAUCUUCCCUUUGGCCUGCCAAACCUUCCAGAAACAUGACUUUUGUUACAGACUAGCAUCCUUUUAUGAGAUGGCAAUUCCGGAAAUGGAGUCUGCAAUUAAGAAGAGGAGGCUUGAAGACAGCAAGCUCCUGAGUGACAUGUGGCAGAGGCUCUCCCAUUCUAAGAAGAAGCUAAUGGAGGUGUUUCACACCAUCCUGAGCCAGACCUGCCUCCUUCCCAUCCUAGAGAGCAGCUGUGACAACAUUCAAGCUUUCAUUGAAGAAUUCCUUCAAAUCUUCAGCUCUUUACUGCAAGAAAAGAGAUUCCUCCGUGACUAUGACACAUUCUUCCCUGUAGCUGAAGACAUCAGCUUGCUGCAGCAGGCUUCAUCAGCCUUGGAUGAGACUCGGACUGCCUAUAUCCUACAGGCUGUGGAAAGUGCAUGGGAAGGGGUGGACAGACAGAAAAUGAAGGACAUUAAAGACUCAUCAAGGGCCAAGGAUUCUAAUAAUGAAAUCACAAUGACAGCAGAGCCAGUCGGUGAAAUGCCAUCACAGCUGGAGAACUCAGAAGAGGAUGAGGAGUGCAUGGGUGCAGCAGCUGCCCUGGGCCCUACCGUGAGUGGUGUGGAACUAGACUCACUCAUCUCCCAAGUGAAGGACCUGCUGCCAGACCUCGGGGAGGGCUUUAUUCUGGCCUGCCUGGAGCACUACAGCUAUGAUUCAGAGCAGGUGAUCAACAACAUCCUGGAGGAUCGGCUGGCCCCUGAGCUCGGUCAGCUGGACCGAGGCCUAGAAAGACAAGUGAAGCCGGACCCUACACCCCUGGUAUCAUCUCGUCACAACGUCUUCCAGAACGAUGAGUUUGAUGUGUUCAGCAGGGACUCAGUGGACCUGAGCCGAGUGCACAAGGGCAGGAGGAAGGAGGAGAACGUGAGGAGCCUGGUGAAUGACAAGCAGGCUGUGGUGGCACAGUGGCAGCGCUACCAGAAGUACAGUGUGGUAGUGGAGGAGGUCCCCCUGCAGCCAGGAGAAUACCAGGCUGAUGAUUAUGAGGAUGAGUACGAUGACACAUAUGAUGGCAACCAGGUGGGCGCCAACGACGCAGACUCUGAUGAUGAGCUCAUCAGCCGCAGGCCCUUCACCAUCCCUCAGGUGCUGAGAACCAAAAUGCCUGGGGAAGCGCAGGAGGAGGAGUGUGAUGAAGAAGAUGAGGUUGAAGAAGAGGCUCCCAAGCCGGACCAUUUCAUUCAGGAUCCUGCAGUGCUGAGGGAAAAGGCUGAAGCCAGGCGCAUGGCCUUCCUCGCCAGGAAGGGGUAUCGGCCUGAGAACUCCACUGCAGUGACAGGUAGCCCCCGGGGCCAUGGGCAAAGUCGAGAAACAACCCAGGAACGCAGGAAGAAAGAAGCCAACAAGGCAGCCCGAGCCAACCACAGCCGCAGAGCCAUGGCAGACCGAAAAAGAAACAAAGGCAUGAUCCCAUCCUGAGGCCAUGAGCUGCCUGGAUGAGGGAGGCCCUUCAAGGUAGCUCUGCCCUCAGGAGCCCUCAAGACCACCACACCUCACCUAACAGCCAGCCGUGAGCGCCUUGUCAAACACAGUGCCUUAUCCCUCGGUGAGGAACCCAGUGCCAUCAAGCAAGCUGUCACCCAGCUGUGCUGGCGGGAAAGGAUGAGGAUACAAACCCAAGUGUCUUUCAUCUUGUGCAGCGAGGCACCACCUCUGGGAGUCCUGGAUGGCAGGAGACCUGUAUAUUCAGAAGCAAGGAAAGGCCCAUGAAUAAAGUUUCUGACCUUCCAACAAUGCUCCAUGACAGACCUCCAGCCUUUCCCUCUGCCCCUGCUCAGAAACUCCAGCACCCAUACUGCCGGCUUCCCAGGCUUGUCCUCUCUCCUUGUGUGUGACCUCUGUGCCUGUGGAAGGAAGUGGCCAGUGUGAGGGAGGCCUAAGGCCCCCUCUGUGGGUACCUCCUACGCCUCUUCCUCGGGAGGUAGCUACAGGACACGAGCGGGCGUGGGGUGUGAAGGCUGAGAGUGUGCCUAGGAAGCCCAGUUUGACCCUGGCGGUAUAGGCUCUAGACCCAUGUAGAUUAUGUCAGCCCCUGUGGCAUAACUGGCACAAGGACACUUGGCCAGUUUCAGAGUGUCAUAGUUAUAAAUGUACUGUUAGCCCCCGCCCUCCCUAUGUAGAGAUUGGAAACCACUAGAAAGAAUGAAGGAAUGCCGCCAAGCCCUGUGAAGAGAGAGGACCAGGCUGGCUUCCAGGGCCCUUUCCCCGUGUAGCACUCUUGUGGGAAUCAGCUAACAGGUCUCCUGGGUUUAACUAAUGUGCAGGAGAUCUGCACUGGGGUCUUUGCUGGGCUGAUCCUGAUGCAGCAGGGCCUGGAGUCUUACCAACAGAUUUUUUAGACGCCAGGGACAUUGAUUUGCUUGUAGUUAGGACUACAAGGCAGACAGAUACUUGAUAGAUUGUUUUAUUAGGCCAGCCUGCACAAGUGAAACUAAAUGCCAAUCCCUCUGCGCCUUGCUGGCCUCUGGGAGCGUUUGAGAUGCAGGGCAGGUACAGAGUGGUAUCCUCCCCAAGGGCUGAUGAAUGAGCUGAGAUCUGGCAGAGUUAGCCAUACUGACAGACAACAGGGAAACCGUUUCCUCCUCGAAGCACUUACCAGUCAUUUCUUUUCUCCCUGACUAAACUCAGACCGAGCUGCUGUCUCGUGCGAGGCUGAUGGGCUUGGAGCUCCUGGUCUCCAUCGGCCUUGCCUGCUGCUCUUCCUGGAGUAGCCCUCAUGUGCUCUUGGCCAUCUCUGCCUCCGCCACCUAGAGGACCAACCCAGUUUCCCGCCAGCAGUCUGGCUGAAAAGUCUUCUGUUUCCUAGAGCGUUGGGCCAGAUCAAACAUAAUGCCCCUGAGGAGCUGCUGCUUGUACCUUUAGCUCUCCAGGGCACCCUUUCAGGGUGCUUUGGAACCAGCCUAGAGCAACCUUCUACCCCGUCCCUUCAGCCUCAGUGGCAUGAAUGGCACUACUUGGGGGUGGUAAGUCCCUAAAGAUGACUAUUGAGGCUGAUGCUCAGUAGGAGAGACUUGAGUAAUAUACACAAGGCUUAGGUUCGUCCCCUAACUAUUUAUGUGAAGGAAGUUCCCAAGGGAUUCCAAAUUUACUACUUACAUAAAGGAAGUUCCCAAGGGGUUCCAAAUUUAAGAUUAGCAGCCUAAGAGUGUUGGGCGGGUAAACCAUGUGGCCCCUAGACACCCCCCUGCUGUCCUCUGUGGGUGUUUUCCAAGUGCCUUUUCUGUGCCCAUCAGAGAAUGUGACCAGCAUAGAUGUUUCUGGAGAAACUGUUUUUUUCCAAGACAGGGUUUCUCUGUGUAAUAGCCCUGCCUGUCCUGGACUUUGUAGACUAGGCUGGCCUCCAAAUUCACGGAUUUCUACCUGCCUCUGCUGGGAUUAAAGGCAUGCACCACUAGGCCUGGCCCUGAAGAAACUUUUAAAACCUUGUACCUCUAAAAGGAUACAAGACCCAAGUGUCAUUAGUCCAUGCCACGAGCAGGCGGCUGCAGAGCUUUUGCGCCCCUGUGAGGUAAAGCCAGAGAUGGGUAUAAGAGACCUAAGAGCUGUGGAGAGGAGCAGAGCUAGCAGUCUGCCCAGUGUCUCAGGAGUGGGUGCGUGUCCUUGUCAGACUGCCCAGCUGAGGCUGGGGGAGGAAACAGUCGGCUCAAACCUGCUUGUUACUGCCCUACCAGGACAUCAGACUCAGUGACAGUGCAGAAAGAUAAAAUCAGAGUUAGACAUGGUGGUGGCACGCACUAAUUUUCUGGGAGGUAGAGACAGUUCAGGGAUAGCCUGCCCAAGCUAUGAGACCCUGUCUAUAAAUAAAAACCAAAUAUUUCUGAAGAACAAACUGAAGAGGCAGAAUAUGUGAGCGUAGUAGUGUCAGGCAUUGUUUGUGAGAAUGUUAAAGCUCCUUUUGCACACAGACCAAUGCGGGAGGAACUGCAUGCGUGAUGGCGGCGGCAGGACCGUGGUCCCUGCUGUUGGCAAUAAACAGGCUUCCUGUGUGUUCUCCUGGA